AGUUUAACAGCACACAAUCAUACAAUAGCAAACGAUCAGAGGUUUUUUUUUACAAGCGGAAUGUGUUUAAAUUUUGGUUAAUUUAUACCACAAGUAACAAUUAAAGCGCAACUCAGCGUACCCAUUCAAUUUUGAUGAUAGUCAGAUAUUCUCCAUCCACAUUUGAUAAGAGCGCCGAAACAAUGGAGAGCGAAAGAUUUGAUGCAAGUGGCGGCGUGGUGGAGCAGGAUGCGCUGAAGCCAGAGACAGCGCUGCAGCUGGAUAUUGAGGAGCUCGUGUCGAAUAGCAGCGCCGAUGAUACGCCACCCUCGAUGAUCAUUGUCGAGACAUGCAUCAACUCCGUGGAGCCGACGAAUGCGUCCAAGCAAAUCGAAAAGGUCGAAAAGAUCGAGAAGGGCGACAAGGAAGCAGCGAAUGAACAGGCUGGCUGCUCCAUUACGCUGGGCCUCAAGCCGAACGUGCAGUUCCAGCUGCUCUCGACGAACACUGAGAAGCUCAACCAGUCGCUGGCCCACACGGAGGCAGCCCUGGCUGCGGCAAACAUCUCCACGUGCGCCGCAGCCAAGCCGGCGGGCAGCGAACUGGUCAUGGCCCCCGUGCUGCGACGCUGUGCGGACAGUGGAACGCAAUGCAAUAAUUUGAAUCUCGACUGCGAGGCCUCCAACUCGAGCGACUCGAUGCCAUCGAUUGGCUCGCUCGUCUGCCGCAUUUGCCACAAUGCGGAUAAUCCCGAACAACUGGUGUCGCCCUGUUUGUGCAAGGGCUCGCUGACAUAUGUGCACGUGCACUGCCUGGAGCGUUGGAUUAGCACCUCGCGCUGCACAAUCUGCGAACUGUGCCAGUUUCAUUAUAACACGGAACAGACGCUACGCUACACGUGCCUGCAGUCGCUGCGCUUGUGGUACUCGCGUGCUAUGAGCCGGCGUGCACUGCAGGAGGACUGCCAAAUGUUCUCGUUGCUGACGCUGGUUGCAUUCGGCAUUAUUGGCACUUUGCUGGUGGGCAUACAGUACUAUGCGAUGCACACGCAGUCGUGGGGCUUGAGCAAGCUGUGGACCAAGUCUUGGAUGUUGUUCUUCUUGUUUAUGACGAUAACGGUUUAUUUUGCGAAUAUCUACAUGUUAAUCAAAUCACAGUUGACGCCUUGGUAUCGCUGGUGGCAAUCGGCGCGUGAUAUAAAGCUCAUCUUGGAGAAUCGACGACCCUUCCCCAAUCCCAAUCGAGCACAACCCCAACAGCUAACCGUAGACACAGCUUCGACGACAGCCUCAAUGUUCACACAUCACGAUCAGCAGGACAUGCCGCAGCGUUCUUCCCAGCGACGCUUUGGAACGCCCUCAUCGAGUGUCUCCUCGCUGCCGAGAGCCCCGCCCCCCGUCGCUAUGGUGAAGCAGCCUGUGCCAGGCAUGACCAUGGCCAAGCCAGAGGAGCCCACCACUUGCAUCGCAGCGGCCAUGCUCAGCGUUAGUUCAAAAUCAAAUCCAAGUCCCAAUCCGAAUCUCAAUCCCAAGUGCAGCUAUUCUGCUGAUGCUGACGCAAGCGCCGGCUUGCCAAAUGAUAAAAAACAACCACAGCAGCAGCAGCAGCAGCAACAACAGCAACAACAACAGCCGCAGCAGCAUCCGUUGAUGGAGGAGAAGGCAGGCAACUAAGUAGUCUGUAAUGCCCAGUGGACAGUUUGUAAUUAAGGCUUCAAGGGCAAGGCUCCGGGCUGGCUCUCGAAUGUUUGCCUGCCAUUUAUUUAAUGUACUUUCAAUGCUUUUAAUGAACUCAACAGAACCCAAGUUGUCUUAAA